AUGGAGGAAGCAACGAGGAGGCAUUUCUUUCACCAUGGGGAAGAUGGCCAUUGGGAUGAGAAGUAUCGCUGCCACUGGUGCCAGCUUCGAUCUUUUCCCACGCAUCAAUCGGCCCCCAUCACCAUAGUCAACGACAUUGAUCACCGCAUCUUACCACAAAACUUUCGCUUCAUCAACGACGUCGUUCUCGGCGAUGGCGUUCAAGCCGCAGACUCAAGUUUCCGAAGUGGGUGCGCUUGCAGCCAGAGCAAAGACUGCCAGUUCUCCGGCUGCUUAUGCCUGGCCGACGUCGACCACGACGAAAUAGGCGGGGAACCUGGUUCCGUGGACGACAAGCCUGACACGGAGCUCAGGAAGACGUAUGCCUACCACGCUCACGGGAUUAAAGCUGGUCUGCUGCGUUCAAGGCUGCACGCGUCUAAAUUGCCGUUGUAUGAAUGUCAUCAGGGCUGCUCUUGUACCGUCAGCUGCCCCAACCGGGUAGUCGAGCGCGGGCGCACAGUGCCUCUUCAAAUCUUUCGAACAAAAGACCGUGGAUGGGGAGUACGGACUCAGCAGUUGAUCAGAAAAGGCCAGUUCGUGGAUCGCUAUCUCGGAGAGAUUGUCACUUCGGCAGAAGCAGAUCGCCGUCGAGCUGCAUCCGUCAUAUCGCAAAGAAAAGAUGUGUAUCUGUUCGCUCUCGACAAAUUCACGGACCCUCAAUCGCUCGACGCCAGAUUGAGGGGCCCGCCCUUGGAGGUCGACGGGGAGUUCAUGUCUGGCCCAACCCGCUUCAUCAACCACUCAUGCGACCCCAACCUCAGAAUUUUUGCUCGCGUAGGCGAUCACGCCGACAAGCAUAUUCACGAUCUGGCCCUUUUCGCCAUCAAGGACAUUCACAAGGGCGAAGAGCUCACGUUCGACUACGUUGAUGGAGCUACGGAAGAAGUGCUGGAGGAUUAUGAUGGCAACAUUGAGGACAUGACCAAAUGCUUAUGCGGUAGCAGUCAAUGUAGGAGAUUUUUGUGGUAG